AUAUAUUAUAAUCGUCGCAACAGGCGGGUGAGAUAGCCAGCCAAAAGCUGCGUUCUGCUCUGUGUUUAAAUGGAAAUAUAGCUCCCUUCUCUCUCUCUCUCUUUUUUUUUAAAUAUAUAUUAUUGUUGUUGACGCGUCUACUGAGGAAUUCCCCGACUUUGCAGAGGCGAGUCCCGCAGAGAUGCACGUUCAAAACCAAGUGACGGGCAAGAAAGCUGCGUUCCGCUCGCAUCGCGGGAUUGAAGUUGGGGAUGGAGCGAACGGCCAGAGGCACGCGAUGAGGAGCCUUUUUCUGACAUUUUGAUUUUGUUAUUUCCUUUUUUUCCCCCUCCUUUUUAAAAAAAUUGUAUUUUUAUUGUAUUUUUGCAACGGCGCCGAUCUGCCACCCCGAGACGCGUGUUUGAGCUCCCCAAUCUCCGGGGGCGCAGCGCGUCAGCCUGCGCUGGCUGAUGGAGCUGCCUCUGUUCAACUUGGAUGCGCUUCUCUCCUUCGGUCUCAUCACUUAAGUUUGUAGCGAUUGCGUGAACUGAAAGCCGAUGGAGAAGGGAAGGAGGAAACGCGGCAACCAAUGUUCAUGGCUUCAAGGCGCGUCGGGGUCCAAUUAUUUACCCCUUCCUUCUUUCACGGUUAUGCAACAAAUUUCACCACCGAAUGACUUAAAACGAUAAGGAAAUCAAUAUUCGGGACUUUUUAAACGCUGAGGACGACUUCGGUUGUGAUUGUGUUUUGUGUUUUGGUUUCGAGAAGAAAGCGUUUGGAAUGUCGAGCCUGAUCAUGGGGGAGACACAGUGUUCGGGUUCUGGAGUUACAGGGAAGAAUUUGGAAAGUGCCGCUCACGUUUGAGGAUUACCAGGCGUUUCUUUAAAAACACAAAAACUGUUUUCCUUCUCCUGAACAACACAGACGUCCAGUUUGAUGUCCGAAAAGACUCUUAGGUUGCCAUGAGUGAGGAGGAGGAGGGCCCUGGUGUUGCAGCAUCAGCAUCCACGCAGUCAGCAGCGACAGCCGCCAGGACAGCACCAGCCGCAACCAAAGGCAGAGAUGGUGUCGUUUCGUCCUCGCCCCCCCGCAGGCCCUCUCCUCGCUACCGCGUCUAUCCCGAGGAAAAAGAGGAAGGGAAGGGCAUCAUUCAGGAAGAGAGGCUCGAAGAAGAAGAAAAGGAGCUGAAGGUGGUGGAGGAGCGUGAUGACGCCGACGACGAUGCUGACGACGGCAGCAGCGACACCAGUGUGCUAGUCGUGCCCCAUCCUGAGCUGGUUCCUGUGGUCUUCUUCUGUCUGAAGCAGACAACCUGCCCACGCAGUCUGUGCAUCCGCAUGGUCUGCAGCCCGUGGUUUGAGCGUGUGAGCAUGAUGGUGAUCCUGCUGAACUGCGUGACCCUGGGGAUGUACCAGCCCUGCGAGAACAUCGACUGCUCCUCAGACCGCUGCCAGAUAUUACAGGCGUUUGAUGCGUUCAUCUACAUCUUCUUUGCCAUGGAGAUGGUCAUAAAGAUGGUCGCUCUGGGAAUCUUCGGACGGCGCUGUUACCUUGGAGACACGUGGAACCGGCUGGAUUUCUUCAUCGUCAUGGCAGGGAUGGUUGAAUAUUCCCUGGAUUUGCAGAACAUCAACUUCACAGCCAUCAGGACGGUGAGGGUGCUGCGGCCUCUCAAGGCCAUCAACAGGGUGCCAAGCAUGCGUAUCCUGGUGAACCUGCUGCUCGACACGCUGCCCAUGCUGGGUAACGUGCUCCUCCUCUGCUUCUUCGUUUUCUUCAUCUUCGGCAUCAUCGGGGUGCAGCUGUGGGCGGGGCUGCUCAGGAACCGCUGCUACCCAGAGGAGAACUUCACACUGACUACGGGUAUCGGUCUCCCCCGACCUUACUACAUGGCCGACGAAGAUGACGAGCGGCCCUUCAUUUGCUCCUUACCCGUCGACAACGGCAUCAUGUCCUGCUCAGAUGUCCCGGCCCGCCGUGAAGGAGGCCGGGCCUGUUGUUUGGACAAAGAGGACGUUGUCUACCGUCAGUCCAUUGGACUGAGCCCUGAACCUUUGACCAAUAACAGCGUCAGUGUAGCUGGCCUGUGCGUCAACUGGAACCAGUACUACACCAGAUGUCAUACUGGAAGCAGCAACCCACACAAAGGUGCCAUCAAUUUUGAUAACAUUGCCUAUGCCUGGAUUGUCAUCUUUCAGGUGAUCACUCUGGAGGGCUGGGUGGAGAUCAUGUACUAUGUCAUGGAUGCUCACUCUUUCUACAACUUUAUCUACUUCAUCCUCUUAAUAAUAGUCGGUUCCUUCUUCAUGAUCAACCUGUGCCUUGUGGUCAUCGCAACCCAGUUUUCAGAGACCAAGCAGCGGGAGCACCAGCUAAUGCAGGAGCAGCGAGCUCGGUGCUCGUCCUCUUCCACGUUGGCCAGCGAGCCGGGAGAUUGCUACGAAGAACUCUUCCAGCUGGUCUGCCACUGCCUCCGCAAGGCCAGGAGGCAAGCUGUUGCCUUUUUUAACAGUUUGCGGGGUAAACCCCGUGGGUUUCGGGGCGUUGGGCGAGGAAGACGAGUAGGGGAUGAGAGGGAGAAGAAGGCCAAUGGAAGGCGAGAACUUGAGAGGAGACGUGUGUCCAGGCCUGGUCAUCUGUGCCCUCAUCAUAAUAAACCAGUCCACGCCUCAUCAGCUGAGCCUGUAGCCCUGACCGCUGCCUCGAAGGGAGACGGUUGUCCUCAGUGUGCUGCAGCACUGGAACGUAGAGACGGAGUGGGAGCCGUCUGUGUCGCUGGCGAUGAAACAGAGGAGGAAGCCGUGGACAAAACCGACAAUGAGGAUAAACAAAAACAAGGAACCAAAGACGAGGACAAAAAACACCCGAAAAGUGCCGAGAACCAUAUAGGAUGUAGUCCAAAGAAACGAUGCAAAGAACUUUGGCAGGACACGAGGAAGAAGCUGUGGGGCAUCGUAGAGAGCAAGUACUUUAACCGAGGCAUCAUGAUGGCCAUCCUUAUCAACACCAUCAGCAUGGGGAUUGAGCACCAUGAGCAGCCGGAGCAGCUCACCAACGUGCUGGAGAUCUGCAACAUCGUCUUCACCAGCAUGUUCUCCAUGGAGAUGAUCCUGAAGCUCACUGCUUUUGGCUCCUUCAGCUACUUGAGGAACCCCUACAACGUGUUUGAUGGCAUCAUCGUCAUCAUAAGCGUUUGUGAGAUUGUCGGCCAGUCGGACGGCGGCCUGUCGGUGCUCAGGACGUUCCGGCUGCUGCGCGUGCUGAAGCUGGUCAGGUUUAUGCCGGCUCUCAGGAGACAGCUGGUUGUCCUCAUGAAGACCAUGGACAACGUGGCCACCUUCUGCAUGCUGCUCAUGCUCUUUAUCUUCAUCUUUAGUAUCCUCGGGAUGCACAUCUUUGGCUGUAAAUUCAGUCUGAAGACAGAAACUGGGGAUACAGUCCCAGACAGGAAGAACUUUGACUCCCUGCUCUGGGCUAUCGUCACCGUUUUCCAGAUUCUGACCCAGGAGGAUUGGAACGCCGUCUUGUACAACGGCAUGGCAGCCACCUCACCGCUCGCCGCUCUUUACUUCGUGGCGCUCAUGACCUUUGGAAACUACGUCCUCUUCAAUCUGCUGGUGGCCAUUCUGGUCGAAGGGUUUCAGGCGGAGGGCGAUGCGAAUCGCUCCUACUCCGACGACGACCGCUCGUCCUCCAACUAUGAUGAGAGUGAGAAACGAGACUCCAUUAAGCUGUCUGAUCCAAGGAUUUGUACUCUGACGCCAAACGGUCACCUGGAGCUCGGGGCCCUGUUGGGCUCCAGGGGGUCCUACUCCUCGGAGAAGCGCAGCUUCACCAACGAGUCGAGGAAGAGCAGCUUGAUGAGCCUCGGGCGGAGCAGCCUGGAGAGACGCUCCCUUUCUCUGCGCCAUGGUCGCAGUUCCAACUACCACAACUGGGGGCGACCUUUUCCUCCACAGUCUGGAUGGAGUCGCAGGUCCAGCUCCAACAGCCUUGGUAGGCGGACAUAUGGUUUCAGUGGGGCGCCCCCUGUUGGCGGGAGCCUGCGUGUGCACAGCACCCGUUCCCCCUACUCCUACCACCACUCUUCGGAGCAGGAGUCCCUUCUCUCGCACCCUCUCCACUCGCAUCACUCCCAUCAUCCCCUGCCGCCCCCGAUGUUCCUCUCCAGACAUUUCGGAGGAAGACGGGAUCGGCGGGCUCUUUCCCUGGAACUCCCGGAACUGCUCCGGACGGGCGGACAAGCUCCGGCACCGCCGCCCGUUCACAUCCCCGACCACGGGAGAAAGAAUGGGUCCGGGACGGCGGGCUCGCUCACCGGGGGCUCGGGACCCGGCAGCGGUCUGGGAGCGGACCACCGUGACUGCAACGGCAAGGCUUCGGGUCACCACAACCAUCUGAUGACCGAUGUCUUCCCUCAAGUCAAUGCGCGCAAGGACAGAGCAGAUCUAGACGAAGAAAUAGACUAUAGUUGGUGCUUCCGUAUCCAGAAGAUGAUGGAGGUUUACAAGCCAGACUGGUGUGAGACUAGAGAGGACUGGUCUGUCUACAUGUUCUCUCCUCAAAACAAAUUCAGGAUUCUCUGUCAGUCCAUCAUUGCUCAUAAGCUCUUUGAUUACGUGGUCCUGGUUUUUAUCUUCCUCAACUGCAUCACAGUGGCUCUGGAGAGGCCUAAGAUACUUCAAGGAAGCCUGGAAAGACUGUUACUCACCCUUUCAAACUACAUCUUUACGGCCAUCUUUGUCGCAGAGAUGACGCUCAAGGUUGUGUCCAUGGGCCUGUACCUGGGAGAGACGGCGUAUCUGAGGAGCAGCUGGAACAUCCUGGACGGUUUCCUGGUCUUUGUGUCUCUCAUUGAUAUUGUCGUGUCAAUGGCAGGAGGCGCUAAGAUCCUGGGAGUCCUGCGCGUUCUCCGGUUGCUCAGGACGUUACGGCCUCUCAGGGUUAUCAGCAGGGCUCCAGGGCUGAAGCUGGUGGUGGAGACGCUAAUUACUUCCCUCAAACCCAUCGGAAACAUUGUUCUCAUCUGCUGUGCCUUUUUCAUCAUCUUUGGCAUUCUCGGAGUUCAGCUCUUCAAAGGCAAGUUUUACUACUGCGUGGGUUCAGACGUGAAGAACAUCACGAAUAAAACGGACUGCAUCAGAGCCAGUUACCGAUGGGUUCACCACAAGUACAACUUUGACAACCUUGGACAGGCUCUCAUGUCGCUGUUUGUUCUAGCAUCAAAAGACGGCUGGGUUAACAUCAUGUACCACGGACUGGACGCAGUGGGGAUUGACCAGCAGCCGUUGACCAACAACAAUCCGUGGAUGCUGCUCUACUUCAUCUCGUUCCUCCUGAUCGUCAGCUUCUUCGUCCUCAAUAUGUUCGUGGGCGUGGUGGUGGAGAACUUCCACAAGUGUCGGCAGCACCAGGAAGUGGAGGAGGCGAGGCGCAGGGAGGAGAAGCGCCAGCGUCGCAUGGAAAAGAAGAGGAGAAAAGCCCAGAAACUGCCUUACUAUUCUUCCUACGGCCGUACCAGGCUGGCCAUCCAUGCUCUGUGUACUAGCCACUACCUGGACCUCGUGAUCACCUUCAUCAUAUGCAUUAACGUCAUCACCAUGUCCCUGGAGCACUACAGCCAGCCACAGUCGCUUGAGACCGCUCUGAAGUAUUGCAACUACUUCUUCACCUCCACCUUUGUCAUCGAGGCGUCUCUCAAGCUAGUGGCCUUCGGCUUCCGCCGCUUCUUCAAGGACAGGUGGAAUCAGCUGGACUUGGCUAUUGUUCUGCUGUCGGUGAUGGGCAUCACUCUGGAGGAGAUCGAGAUCAAUGCCUCCCUUCCCAUCAACCCCACCAUCAUCAGGAUCAUGAGGGUGCUCCGGAUAGCGCGAGUGCUGAAAUUACUGAAAAUGGCAACCGGCAUGAGGGCCCUGCUGGACACAGUGGUCCAGGCUCUUCCUCAGGUGGGAAAUCUAGGCUUGCUCUUCAUGUUGCUGUUUUUCAUCUACGCUGCUCUUGGAGUGGAGCUUUUUGGCGAGCUCGUGUGUAACGCCGACUACCCUUGUGAGGGAAUGAGCCGCCACGCCACAUUUGAAAACUUUGGAAUGGCUUUUCUUACACUCUUCCAAGUAUCAACAGGUGACAACUGGAAUGGCAUCAUGAAGGACACUCUGAGGGAGUGCCCACAACAUCUCCCCGGCACCGACUACGGCUGCCACGCCGGGCUGCAGUUCAUCUCCCCGCUGUACUUCGUGUCGUUCGUGCUCACGGCUCAGUUCGUCCUGAUAAACGUGGUCGUCGCCGUGCUCAUGAAGCACUUGGACGACUCCAACAAGGAGGCGCAGGAGGACGCGGAGAUGGACGCGGAAAUUGAACUGGAGCUGGCUCAGGGGGGCCUCUGCUGCAUGAUGGGAAACAUCGGCGCCAUCGCCGGGGCAACAGGCGGGGCAGGCAUGGGGGUGGCUGUCGGGAGUCAAGGCGGCGGAAUAACGGCGCCACUUCAAGACGGAGCAGGAGGAGGAGGAGGCGGCUCGGCUCACGACGGACACGCCCACCCGCGAUGUCGGCUCUACUCGCCGUCCCAAGAGAGCCAGUGGCUGGACAGUGUGUCUCUGCUGAUUAAGGACUCUUUGGAAGGGGACAUGAUCGACAACCUCUCUGGGUCCGUUUUUCACCACUACUGCUCUUCUCCCGUCUGCAAGGACUGCAAGAGUCACCCGCAAGAGAUCCGACUGGCAGAGGUGGAGCAGGCAUCGCUGAUGUCAGAACAGCUGUCAGACAAAUCCUCAUCUCCAGCGUUACCCGAUGACCUCAGCCUGGAUGAACACAGCAGCUACCAGCUGCUUGUCAGAGACAGUCAGAGGGGCAGCAGUGACUCCCACAGCUCAGAGGAGUUGCUCAUGCAGGGAGGCUGGAGGAGACCUUACCCCUCUAGUUCACGAAGCGAAGAGUUCCUCCAUCCACCUCUUAAUCCUUCUUCUCUGGAGCAGCAAACCUCAGCACAUGAAAAAGGAGGCGUUGAAAACACACACAGCGCAGCUGCUGAUGUGGCUUCGCCCGUGUUUCAGCUCCCAGCAGACUUUUUCCACCCAGCCGCCGCAGCGCAUUCAGACGGUCACGGGGACAGCAUGAAGCCGAGGGACGUGGACCCGUCCCGGCUGGCGUCCCCCGCCUCCUGGGCCUCUCUACGCUCCCCCGGAGCCAACGGCAGGCCUCUGAGCUCUCAGCAUCCAUCGCAUAGCGACUCGUCCUUGGCCACGGGCAGUUCAGAUGGCAGCCUGCAGGCCGCGCCGGAUGAAGGGCUCGGCUUUGACGUGUGCCCACCUCGACAUCUGCAUCUCCCCGUGCCCGUCCUCCGCCCGGUCCCCGCCGUUGCGUUGCCCCCUAAAGAACAUCCCACGGCGGACCGGGAGCAGCCACCGCAGAGCGGACGGAGUUCUGCCACUCGGAGGAAACAGAGAAGCCACAGCAGCGGCGGUGGAAGCAGCGGCCCCGGCUGCCCCCAACAGGACUGCAUGGACCCUUCAGAUGAAGAGGCGGGCACAGGGACUGGAAGGGACGGCUGCCACCAGGCCCUCUGCAGCAAACACUUCUCAGAAACGCUCAACAGUCUGUCCCUCACGUCGCUGCUCGCCCCGGGCUCUCUGGCGCCCACGGCGAUGAAGAAAUGCAACAGCACGGGAUCGAUAGUCCGCUCAAACCCGUCCGCCCGAGGCAAAGACGGCCGGCACACGUGCGCCGUAGAUCCACCCGGGUUCUCGUCCAGUCCUUGGAUGGAGGGGAGGGGAAAAGCGCCGCUGGAGGACAGUAACGCGAUGGAGAGCAGCGCUCGGCACGUCAACACAAGCAGCAGGAAAACAAGAUGAAACGCAUGUUGGUCUUCUGUCGCCGAACAGUGAAAUCCUCUGCGUUUGUGGUGUUUGAACGUAGCAGGAGGAGACUUCUCAACACGUGUCCUUUGUUCAGUGCUCUGUUGUACUCUGUUGGGAUCAGUCAUUUCUUUAAAAGAUGCUUAAUUCUUUCCUUUUUGCACAGGAGAUGGUUACUUUGUGACAGGUUUUAGCAGUAAUUACAAGUUGACUCACUUUGUCUUUUUUUUUGUCAUAACCAUGAUUUGGCUUUGAACUUUGCCAGUCUUGGGGUUUUUAUGGAAGAAGCAUUUAGAGAGCACAGGUCUGAAGUUUGCAGUGAUUACUCUGAUGACGUUCAAUUACAGGAGACGGGGACCCACUGACCCUGUGUGCCCACAGCCUUUGUGCAAAAACAAAACAGUCUUACGUGACUGCAGACGACCUCUGAAGCUCCUUUUUGAAGAAACACUGAACUUUGUACAGCUAGUCCUUUAGUUUUUUGUUUUUUUUAUAUAUCCAUGGAUAACAGUAGCAUCCCCUUUUUUUCCAAUCUUUGGUGAAUUUCAUAGAUUAAAACAGACUUUGUAUUUUUAUUUUUUAGACUAUUAUUAUUAUUAUUAUUAUUAUUAUUAUUAUUAUUAUUAUUAUUAUUAUUAUCAUUAGUUCAUUUGUUAAUUUGGAAGACUCACCCAUCAGCCUCCGUUUGUGGGAACCAGGGAGAGGACAGAAAUAUCAAGGAGUCUCUGACUUGACAAAGGGACUCUUGUUGAAAAGAAUCCAUGAAUGCUGCUGAGAAUUAAAGUGAGGAGUAGGUCGGAGCAUUGUUCACUUUAACAAAGGGAACCAUUUUUACUUUUCAAGUGCAUAUGAAGGGCUAUAAUGUACUGAGGGCAAACCUGGGCUAAAUACUAUGGCUAUUAUUCAGUUUUAUUAGAAAAUAGUAUCAGGGCACCUCCAUUGACCUGAAAGACCUCACGACUUUAGACAUGGAAAAUGUAGGCAAUAGUUGUUUCCAUACUAAAUAUUUUAAACCUCCAAAAUAUAUUUCAAAAGAGUAAGCAACCUUAGAGGUGAGAUAAUCACUUUUAUAUCAGAAUAAUGAAUACUUUUGCAGUCUCUGCGAGAAGACAGCAGGUCCUUGUUAGCUGUUGGGGCGAGUCUUUGGAUGGGCUUAGAGGGAUCUGGUUUAAGCCAGUCUGACCAGUUUAGCUAAAGCACAGCCUUCAUUAACACAGUUUUCUUUGCUUUUGGGGAUUUUCUUAGUGGGUUUUCUUGAGCGUCUUAAUUGGCAGGGUGCUCCACAGUUUGCGCCUUUGCUCUUUCGCACUUCUGCAGUUCAGUUUGUUUCAUACGUCGCUUUGGACACGUUGUUGGUACCCGACUGUCCGUCAGUUCAUAGCAGCCGUAGGGAAUUUUCAUACCCGCAUUGGUAAGAAGGGAGUCCAAAUAAUUUUUGUUAACAUCUAUUCAUAGUCUACCACAAAGGAAAGAAGUUGUGAUUUCAACUGAGAGAACGAAUUGCCAUAGAGGCAAACUGAUCCAAAGUGUUUUUUGUUGUUUGUCUUUUUGUUUUUUAGCAGGGCUAAUAUCUAGCUUAUUGCCUUGGAAACACUAUUGAUUCUUUGAGUUGCAAAGACACAUAUCUAACAAAUUUCUGAAUAGAACGGUAACUUGUUUCUCCGCCAUUAGCACAUUUAACAGCACGUGAAUGAGGAUGGCUGACAGCACUAAGACCCUUCCCUUCACUCUGAUUGGUUGUUUUUGACCCAGAGCAGCACAUCUCUUCAAACGGUAACGGUUCUUAAAAGGAUCAAAAACCGCAGCUUCUUUACGCCAUCGACCACAUAGAUUUCCUUUAAAAUCUAUGUGGUCGAGUCAGUUUUUUAAAAGUGAGCCCAAAACUUAUUUGACCCAGGUCUGCUUGAGUGUAGCACGACUUUAGAAAACAGCAUAGCAAGCAAUGUUGGUUAAAUUGGUGUUGUAUGUUUAUCUUUGUGCACUUGUGUUGACUAAAAGUGAUUACAAAUCGUUUCAUACAUGUCACAGUCCAUAAAUAUCCAACCAGAUAGACCUCAGGUGGACAAAUGCACACACACACGAAAAAAAAAAAAUCAUACAUACCAUCACAAAUAUCAUACAAACAC